CCAGGCCUCAGACCCAGGGCCUCAAAGUGCUCGAUACCCUUGAUACACGUUUUUGCUCGCGCUGUACAGUUACCUCGUUGGCGUCCCUUCACAUAUUUUUUUUUUUUUUUCAUUCGUCCGAAUGGAACGAGUCUCGCAGAAAGUCGAUGAAGGCGAACCUGGAGUUUUGGUUUCUACUGUUCAGUCUCUUGUUGGGCAUUGGAAGUUGAAACAACAUUUCUUCUCAGAACAGGACCACCUCUCUGAGUACGACCUGCGAUUUAGAGAUGCGCCUAUUCCCUGCCGUGCCAGCUUCUCAUUUACGAUCUUCUCAUGAUAUACGAUUGGCGGAUGUCAUCUGAUACUUUUCCCUCUGCAAGUGGUCCAAUUGUACACUUUUGCGAUGUCCGUGUCAUUUUUCUCUUUCACGAAGCUGUAUUUAUCUUAUCAAAAUUUUAAUUGAUGC